GACCUGGCAGUGAAGUCCUGCAUCCUGCAUCCAACUCACAGUUUACCUUGGCUGCCGCCUACCAUCACACUAGGCUGCCACUGCGCAUCUCACCAAUACAGCUCUCUUUGGGGCUAAUAACGCCGCACUCAAGCGGAUUUCAGCCAAGCAGUGAGCCUCCGUGCGGCAUUUGGACAAUCUCGGCAUUCUCGGAGCUCAUUUCUUAUUUGGCGCCAACAUGGCUACGGCAGCCUCAGUGGCGUCCGAUGGGCCCCAAUCCCUGAGCAGGCAGGACCAGACAUUGCUCCUCUUCGCGGGCCUGAUGGAGGGCGGCAAGGAGGACGAAGAGACCGUGGCCAACCUGGGAAAGCUGACGAAGCUCCUAAACGAAGAUGCCGAACUCACUAAGAAGGGAGAACCAUCAAUCACGGACGUGAUCGAUGGCGACUGCGUCGAUACUAUUGUUGGCUACCUUGAUAUGAGGCAGCCCGAGGCUGUGCGAGGACGUGCCACGCUCUGCACCUCGGCGUAUCUCAAGGCUGCCGGCGAAGAUGGCAAGAAGAAGCUGUCCGAGUUCUUCCACGCCAGAGUCCAGCGAGCCACGUACGAUGACUUCAUCGUUGCAUUUUGCGUUGCCUCCACCAUCUUCCCAAUCGAGCCCGACUUGACCUCCGAACUCCUGUUGAGCGAGGGCUUCUUGCCUAGCCUCGGUCCACUGAUGCGACGGAAGUGGAAGAGCAGGAAGGUCGAGACGGCGUGCCUGGACAUGCUUAACGCGGCAUGCAUGAAUGCACUGUGCCGGGAGGCCGUCCAGAAGUACUGCGUCGAUUGGCUUGAGGAAAUCGUCGACCAGGACCCCGAAGAUGCCGUGACGAACUUGCACCAUAUUGACCCCGGCGUCAAUACGCAGGAGGGGUCUAUCUCGAUGAGACGGCAUUCUCAGCAUGUCCAAAACCUCGCCGCCGUGGUCUUGGCGAAGCUCAGGGCAGUUCCAGCUCCAUCCGCCGGGAACCAGCCCGGGCAGCAAUCCGAGCCUGGGAUACCAUCGGCGACAACCACCAUUGAGGAGCUUUCGAAGAGGUUCACCAAGAUGCUCGUGGACGACUCUGGCCACGUCCAGACUUCCGUUGAAGGGCUAGCAUAUGCGUCUCUGCAGUCGAAGGUCAAGGAGGAGUUGGCUCGUGACGAGGAGUCGCUCAUGCGCCUUGUCAAAACGCUGGAGUCGGCUGCUCCGAAGUCUCCCCUGAUGUACGGGGCUCUCAGCAUCUUCGCCAACCUCACCCGGUACCAGCCGUUUGAGACAGAGGAGCAGAAAAAGUUGAAGCAGCUCAAAGCCUACGCAAACGCAGGCGGGAAGCUGCAGCCUGAUCCCCUGAACGAUGACACCCAUGUUGCAGAGCGCUGUAAGCGUGUGUUUGAAGCUGGCAUCACACCCGUGCUGGUCACGCACUGCAAGACCGGCUCCGUCGCGUCGCUCUCACUCACCAUAUCCAUUAUAUUCUCGCUCUCCAUGACCCCCGCUCUCCGGGGACAACUCGCUCAACAAGGAGCGGUGCGGUUGCUCAUCGCGGCCUGGACCGCUCUUCCCGAGGCAGAAGACAAGCCUCGCCGCACGGCAGCCCAAGCCCUAGCGCGCAUUCUCAUCUCCACCAACCCGGCUCUUGUUUUCCGCCAGACUCCCCAGAGCGCUGCAAUCCGCCCUCUAACAUCCAUCAUCACGCCCGACCCGAACGCCGAGACCCGCGACCUGCUCCCGACCUUCGAGGCCCUCCUCGCGCUGACCAACCUCGCUUCGACGGACAACGACACCCGCGGAAGCAUCGUGCGCGCCGCCUGGAACGACAUCGAAGAGCAGCUCUUCAGCACCAACACCCGUGUGUCCACCGCCGCCGUCGAGCUGAUCUGCAACCUCGUGCAGAGCCCCGAGGAGGCCCUCUCCCUCUUUGGCGACGGGUCGGUGAAGGCCGAGAACCGGAUCAAAGUCGUCCUGGCGCUGGCCGACGCCGAGGACGAGAAGACGCGCAGUGCCGCGGGAGGAGCCCUGGCCAGCCUGACGGGCUUCGACGUCGUGGUGCGCGGGAUCGUGUCCCAGCCGCGUGGACCCCCGAUCCUGCUCGAUCUGUGCCGCGACGACAGCGAGGGUCUGAGGCACAGGGGCGCCGUUAUUGUGAAUAACAUGAUCUCCCAUGAGGGCGAGGUCGGAAAGGUGGCGAGGGGGAAGCUGGUGGCGGCUGGUGCGGUGGAGGCACUGACCGAGUGUGUGAAGAAGAGUCGCUCGCCCGAGGUGAUUCAGAUCGUCGUGCAGACCUUGGAGGUGCUCCUUGAGCAGAAGUGAGGGCGGGAGGGGAUGUGUGGUGCCCAUCUAGGCGUCGCUUGCAUUGAAGGGGGGCUUGUAAGGCGAGAUACCUUUUAAGAUAUGCAGGGGUUGCUCAACGAAACACAUAAGCCUAAAACGCACUGCAAAGAGGUUUAGCCGUGGAGUUCGAUUAAAUUAACCUCCCGGGUCUAGCGAGGAUCAUACCCAUUUCGUCGCUCCUUACCUUACCUUGUCAGA